GUUUUUAACCCAUCUUGCUGGUAGAAAUAAUCUGUGGAAAUAAUGAUUGGAGAGAAAGCUAGGGUGAGGGUAGUUAGCGGAGAGAGGAUUGUUUGUGAUCGUCUUGGUACGAAAGGAGAAGGACCCAUGGUGGUGUUAUUAAUAUGAGAAAGACAGAAUUGAAAACGUUUAUUUCACUCAAGCGAACAGCCUAAUCAUUGCAGUUAAGUAAUCCUGUUUCUGGGACUGAGGGUAGUCUUGUUCCUGCGGCAUUGUAUUUUACAUUUGUGUUGUAUGUUGGCCUACAGUGACUUAAGUGUUUCAUAAUUUUGAGUGGGAUGAAUGAAGUCAUAGUGCUAUUGGCCUGAGUAUGAAAACAAAACAACGUGUUUAAACUUUUGUGAACCAGACGCGAGGGGAGCCAACACCCCACUAUGGUAAUAAGUGCACCGUGUUUCCAUGUUUGUUGUGCUUCGGUCAUGAAUUCUGUGAAGGAGUUCUUAUUAAACACCCUUGCUUGGAAAGGAUACGAGUAAUUCUUAUCUUGUCUUAGGAGUGUACCAAAUUCAGUAAAUCAAUAUGGAAGGAAAUGUUGAAAGAGAGUGCAGUGCUCUUGGAGGACUAUUCCAACAAAUCAUCAGUGAUAUGAAAAAUGGAACGCCUCUGUGGGAAGACCUGGUUGCCAAGGCGACGAAGCUCCACGCGUGCCUUAGGGCGACGAUCCAAGCCAUCGCCGCGUAUUUGGACGUUUUCCAGAAGAUAGCCGACGCAGCGACGAGCACACGAGGAGCCACAAAGGAGAUAGGGACCGCACUGACGAGGAUCUGCCUGCGUCACAAAGCUGUGGAGGCCAGGAUGAAGACUUUCACAAGCGCUAUCAUGGACUGUCUGGUGGUGCCUCUACAGGAGAAACUGGAAGACUGGAAGAAAUCUGUGGUCAACUUGGAUAAAGAUCAUGCCAAAGAAUACAAAAGGGCAAGGGCAGAGCUGAAGAAACGAUCGACAGACACGCUACGGUUACAGAAGAAGGUACGGAAGGGAAAGAGUGCGGAAUUACAGCGACGUAUGGAAACCUCGCUGCAGGAUGUAACUGAGCGUCGUCACUUACUGGAGGAGACUGAGAAAAAGGCUGUGAGGGCAGCACUGGUAGAGGAGCGUAGUCGCUUCUGCCUGUUUGUUGCGUUCCUUAAACCUGUCGUGGACGAAGAAGUAGCGAUGUUGUCAGAGUUGUCACACCUGCAAGAAGUGGUGGACCAAGUGCAGAAACUAACCACUGACCCCUUCACCCUGCCCCCUGCCAGCGAACAGGUGAUAGCAGACUUGAAGGGCUCUGAGAGCAGCUGGUCAUUCCAGACACCACCGAGCAGUCCUAGCUCACUGGGGUCCCGUAAGUCCAGCAUGUGCAGUAUCAGCUCACUGAACAGCUCUUCCAGUGGCAGCACCAAGUCACACCACUCUCCAAACCAUCAGUACUGGCACCGCUCACUGUCACAGCAUCCCUUGCCUGCGGGCAUUCUCCGCCUCUCCAGUCUCUCCUCACAGGACUCUGGCUUCACAUCACAGGACAUGCUGUUUCCACGUCCUGCCUCCGUGCAUGGGGUACAGUCCGUGACAUGCACUGACAGUGUUGCCAUGUGUCAGCAGGUGUCCAACAUGUCAGAGCACAGUAGCAGUAAUUCAAGUACACCGUCGACACCGUACCCUGCGGGAGGAAGUGGCAACACCACAGGGACCUUGCCUAACACUACUGCCACCUGGCCAAACCUCCAGGAGACGCUCCAAUUUGAACGUGCAGCCACUGCCAUAAUGAGUGAUCGCCCGCACACCAUAUCAUCAGCUUACGAGCGAGGACACCAGCGUCCACCCCUGACUGUGUACACAUUCCAAGCACCAGGAGCUUCCCACUCACAGCCUGCCAGUCCUGUGUCUGUUUCCGACACCACAGGAACAGUGACCACCAUCACGACAUCUGAUACCAACAAGAGUGCCACGGUGCAGCAACCUGCUGCAGUGGCAAGCCCGCAGAGGUCCCCGCACAAACCUCAUCAGAACCCGAUCUACGCCCGCCCGCCCAUCCCACAGCGUUGCUCCUCCCUGGAGCGACCCUCAGUGCCUGCUAAGACUGUGGCCACGACCCAGCACAGGCCUGCCACUGUGGCCACCACCAUGGCCAAACAACCCCACACAACACAGGUCACAAAAGCUGAGGUGCCCAAGAUACCAAAGGGUGUCAUACAGCAUGUCCAUCUGGGCAAAGAUCCACCACAGCCGAUGUACGUGAACAUGCAUGAGCUUGCUACGAUGGCCGCUACCAAGGCUCAGGAAAUGAACUUCCCUCCUCCCCCUCCAGAACUCAUCAGCAUUCCACCAGAGAACCAGGAGAAGUCUGAACCAGGAGAGAAGGACGGAAGUACAAGUGAAAGUUCGCUAGAGUCAUCCAGCGGAUAUGGCAGCCAGACAAUCAUCCCCGUGGAUGACGCGGCUGCUGUGGCAGCAACUGCGGCAGCAGUGGCCGCUGCGGCAGCUCACAAUGAAGACAUGUCGUUGAGUGUGUCUAGUUUGGAGGCUGCUAGCAAGUAUUGCACACUCCCCCGCUCUGGGGACUUUGCCCUGACCAGUGGCUCACGCAGGCGACCUGUCUCCACCGCAGGGUAUCCUAGCAACACAAUGAGGAACACACUUCUUCGUCGCUGUUCAGUUCAAGUACAAAAACCUCCUCCACCUAUCCGUCGAACUUCAUCGAUCUCCAGCAGUUCUGUGGUCCGCCAGAAUUCUGGUGGAGGUACCUCUGGAAUGGGGAGCAUAGCCAAUGGAAGCCUUGAGAAUCUGCCCCCUCCACCAGCAUUCCUGCUUGAUAGCACCAGCAGCAGUAGCAGCAGUAGCCUCAAUAGCAGUGGUGGUGGGUCUUCAGUGGCGGCAGGGUCAGGUGUCAGUGUCGCAGAGACUGUUCGUACGCUCACAGAGCUAAAACACACGCCAGCAAGUCCCAGUGCUUUACGUCGCAACACAGGAAGCAUCCGUUCACAGAGUGCAGAUCGCAGGGGGCCAAGGUCUGCAAAUGAAUGUUCAGGAUGUAUCAUCGCCGCUAUUGGUGCCAAAUUAGUCCCAACAUUGAGCCCCAGAAACUCGCGACGUCACUCAGAAGAUAAUGGUGGAAGUCCAAGUGGCAGCAGUAGUAGAUUGCUUCAGCGUGGAGUGGUCGGACCUGGGCAGGGCUUCUUGCAGGCCCUCAAUUCUAAAUUAGCAUUGCAGCAACAACAACAACAACAACAACAGCAGCAGCAGCAGCAACACCAACACCAACAACAACAGCAACAACAUAAGCAGCAACAGAUGGCAGCACAGCAGCUCAAGGCAGCUAGGGUACGUCAUUUCAUCGCCAGCCGUACUGUACCUGAUCCCACCAUCUGUCACGAAUCUCUCAUGGAUCAGAUCAAGAGGGGUACCACACUAAGGAGGACUGGUUCUGUCAAUGACAGGUCUGCCCCCUACAUCCGUUAAUAAGGCAUGCUAAGUUUUGUCACCUGUCAUCCCUAAUUCUUACGUUUUACUGGCAAGGAUAUUUACACACUUAGCUGAGACUUUAUUUUCGGUACAGAUUCAUCAGACUUGGAAUUUUUUUUUGUUAUUAUUAUUAUUAUUAUUAUUCAUAUAGGGUUAUGGUAAAUCAUAUUGUUUUAUUAGCAGUGGUAGUCACUUAAUUUGGUUUAUGAUCACAUUUUUGGUUGUACACAUUUCUAUGUAAAUGCUAUAGAAUGUAAGCAGUUAAUUGAAGUAAGAAAUAUUCAGAUCCCUGGAUGUUGCUGCUUGGAAUAUAUUUUAUUUUGGCAGUUAAGAAGCUUGUGUAUUCAGUGACAGUUCCUUAUGUAUACAUAGCCCAGAAUUGGUUGGAAUGGCUGAUUUCCAAGAGUAUCCUUUUGUUAGUAAAAACAGAGUGUAUUUGAGUAGAAUUAGGGAGGUCAUGAGAUGCUUCUCUUUGUAGAGAAGGCCAUGACAAAAUGGAGUAUUACAAGACAAAAGUAAGUUAGCUCAAUAUCCUGUCACACUUUCAGCUUUUAAAUAGGAACUUGUUUUAACAUAUUAAGUUUUUCUUUUUAUGCAAAGGGAGGGAAAUACAUGUAACUGGCAUUCAAAUUAUAAUGAAUUGUUGUGUCCUUCACUGCCAUUUGUACAGAAAGGAAUAGAAAACUACUGUCAGUAGGAUGAUGAAAGUUAUGGUGUUUUGAAGUUACAGGUUUCUUUUAUAAGUGAUCUUGAAGUCAAGCAAAAAGGACUUGUUUGCAAUGUAAAGAUUUGAACUUCUACAAUAAGUUUCAAUCCCGUAUGCUCUGAAGGAAGGUUGGAACAUUACGAAUGCAUUGAGAAUUGCCAAGAGCCAUAUAAUACAGAGUUUAGCAUGGACGAACCUCUCACAGCAUAUAGAUAGCUGUCAACAUAUUCCCAAACCUUGAUGGUGCCUCUAAGCUGAGGGUAAGGUGGCUGGAGCAAGAAGGUGACCAUUCACCUAUAUCUAGUGCAAAGUUAAGAAUGAUGGAACUGUGCCUUCACUCCCCUAUACAUCUUCAUGGCAUGAUGCUUAAUUAAGCACAGAGACGACUUCACCUUUACCUACCUUUCACUCCCUCUAGUACCAAAUUUCAUUUAAUUCCACCAAGGCAUUCUGCGUGUGAAGUAUGAACUCAACAUGCCAGAUUUGUUUAAGUUUAUGCCCUUUAUGUGGAGGGUACUUAAAAAAAUGUAAUUGUAAUGUUGUUAGUGUUCCUGUCUUUUGUACAGUAAGCACCCUCUCUGUGCUAUGUCAUUAUGCUUACAGAAUUUCGUUUUGGUUUGGUGUUUAGUAGAAAAACGUCAGGGUAAUCAUAUGCUCAGUAGUGGGCCCUUAUUAAUAAAGCCCCAAUUUAAGUUCACUUCACCCUUUCUUGGUAUCCUUGUUCUGUCUGUUCUUUGCAUGGUCAGACCACUAUAAUUUUUCUUAUAAUUCAAUUUAAAAAUUCUGAAUUCCAACUUGUCAAAAAAUUUAAUUUCUAAUCCUAUCACCUAUUGCUUUGCCUCAGUACUUAUAAAAAAAUUUUACAUCCACUGCUUGGACUUGACUUGGCUUUUGUUUCUCUUUGUAGGGGAUGUUUUGACACCAGUGUGCUAUAGUGGAGCUGGGCAAAAGGAUCUCAUGGUUUGUACUCUACCGGCUUGCUUCCCCCCACUUCCCCUCUUGUCCACAGAAAUUGCUUGAUUAUUCAUUUUAUGGUACUGUGAAGGAGUGCCUGCAGGUAGGUUAGGAUUUUAAAGUUGGGGAACAAGCUGUCAGCUCCUAGCGACUCUUAUGUCCACCCCUGUGAGAAUUCUUUGGUCACCCUGACUAUAAUACCACUGUAAAAUAUACUUUGUAGGUUGCCAUUUUCCAUUUUGGGGUGAUAUCUGUAUCAUAAUAUUUCUUUUAUAAUAUAGAAUUUGGAGGUGUUGUGUGUUCUUCUGUGGAUGUUUCUGUCAGUGUCCCUUUAUGAAGUUAUGUGUUCUUCUGUGGAUGUUUCUGUCAGUGUCCCUUUAUGAAGUUAUUUCACUUUAUUAUUAUUAUUUAUGUACAGCUGUUUCAACCAUUCUGUUUUAAACAUCUAUUCUCUUAAAAUUGUCAUAAUCAUUGUCUUGUCCAUGUUCCUCUGUCAUAAGGUUCCACUAAUUUGGUUUAUCUUCUAACGGACUUUUUACAUUAAACAGAGCCAGAAAUUAUUCUUGUUAUUUCAUUAAAUGUGAUGUACAUCAAAAAAUGUUUCAGAUAAAAGUAAUAGGGUCUGAUGAGGUUUAUAAAAUGUUCAAUUCAUUUAUAUGAGAGAUUGUUUUUCAAAUGUAACAUUUGCUUUGAACUUCAUGUCUAGUAGGAAUUACAGUUCUCCAUCACCCAUGAAAAUGCACCGGAUAAUUGGAAGAUGAAACAUGAAGUUUUGCAGACAGCCUCACCAUGCCAUGAUUUCAUAUUUUGCUUCCGCAACGAACACGUAACAGGCAGACACUUGGGAGUGCCUAAAGCAGAUGCAACAGAUGAUAGGGCAGCCAUACAGCAUGGGACUAUGCACUGGAGGAUUAAUUCAUUGCUUUAGAUUUUUUGUAAUCAAACUUUUAAUUGGUAUCUUCAGCCUGUAUAAAGGAAAACAAGUGAACACAAAAUGAACACAAAACAUUGCUCAGUUCAGGGGGGUCAACUGGUUACAGUAUCAUGGGCACUGAUGGGAUUUUAUGCAGAGGGGGAGCAGAAAAUGUCCUUAAAUUUUUUUUAUAAAGUUCUCUGUAAAUCAUUUAAGGCUAUUUUCACUGGCCAUCCUACAAUAUUCAGAUUAUAAGAACAAUUUCCUUAAAUCACUGUAAUUUUUGGUAUUAAUACUUGGUAUAUUUCAUUGUUUUUAUCAGUUCCCACCUUUCAAAUUGUAUUGGGGGAGGGGGGUCAGACACCAGGCUUGUGCCCUCACACCCAUGUACAGUACAUGAUACAGUAUCCCAAAUUAUCAAAGCAAAUGAAGUCUGAUGGAUGCUGUCAUGCACUUACUAGAGUUAUGUACAUGUAUCAGUACUGCCAUAUAAUUUGUAGCUAUGUCACGGACUUUCCUCUUUCAACAUGUUCAGAUCAUCUGUAGCUGAUACAACAACACUUCUCAUUAUCACCACUACCAACACAGCACUGCUCAACGGUCGAACAAUACAUUAUCCUUUUCAGUGUGCUCAGUAGCAGCAUAAGGGCAUCAUGAACCAAAUUCCAGUUAGAGGAAA